GGUGGGGGCAUAGCGGGCCUUACGCUCGCAGUCGCCCUAGGUCGUUUCGAGCAGGCGAGGUCGCCCAUACAAGUGGACCUGUACGAGUCGGGCCCGGAGAUUACCACCGUCGGCGCUGGGAUUUCUGUCUGGCCGCGGACGUGGGCCGUCAUGCGCGCACUGGGCCUGUAUGACCAGCUUGCAAGCCAGGCCGUGAAGGCAGCCGACGGUAAAGACGACGAUAUCAAGCCUGGGUUUGUGUUCCGCAAGUCGGACUGGCCUCGUGAGGGGUACGAGUUCGGUAGAGUCAUGGUACCUAGCGGUUCGACUACCAUGCACCGUGCAGAGAUGGUGGACGUUCUAGUCCGAAACAUCCCAGCGAGCUGUGCGGUCCACACAUCGAAACGGCUCGUGAAGUACACGGACUCCGGGACUUCUUACACAUUGCAUUUCGCCGACGGGACGAAGGCGACCGCGGACGUUAUCGUUGGGGCGGAUGGGAUCAAGUCGAAGACCCGCGCGGCGAUGUACGAUUAUGCGCACCAGAGGGAGUGCGCAAAGAAGGGGAUAGUAAAGAAGGAGGAGUGUGAGCGAUGCAAGAAGGCGGUGCCAAAGUGGACGGGGACAAUUGCGUAUCGAUACUUGAUUCCCUCGGAGAGCCUGCGAGAGAUCGAGCCCAAGCAUCAUGCGCUGGAGUGCGUGUUGAUUAUGCUUGCGUGCAUGAAUAUCCAGCAUAUCAUCACCUACCCUAUCUCGCACGGCAAAUAUCUGAACUUCGUGGGUUUCGUCACUAUUCCCGACGGGGAGGGCACAGUAUACCCGCAUAAGUGGGUCAGAGAUGCGAAGAAAGAAGAUAUCUUGUCCGCUUACCCAGGUUGGGAGCCGGAGGUCGACCAGAUGCUCUCGUGUGUCGAGAAGCCGACUAUAUGGGCUAUCCAUGUCAUGGAAGAUCUCCCCUUCUCUGUGUAUGGCAAGGUAGCAAUUAUAGGAGAUGCGGUCCAUGCCAUGACUACACACUUUGGCGCGGGAGGAGGUCAAGCUAUCGAGGACGCAUAUAUUCUUGGCCGUUGGCUCGCCGAUCCACAAACUACCCUAUCCCGCGUCCCGGAUGUCUUGCGCAUUUACCAAGACGUCCGGCUCCCGUUCGCCCGCAAGGUCGUGCGUGACGCGGGAAAGGCAGGGCUGAUGUACGAGUUCAACUACCCUGGGCUCUACGACGGGUCUCCCAUUUCAGCCUCUUCGGAAGAACAGGAGGUUGAUUUGUUGAAGAAACCUCUUGACGAGCUGGGCGAAGCGAUCCGAGACCUAUGGCGGUGGCAGUGGGAAGAGAAGGUUGACUCGCAGUGGGAUGUGGCCGAGGCGCGGUAUCUGGAAGUCUUGAAGGGCGGGCGCGCUGAGAAGGUUAAGGAGAAGGGCGAAGGGAAGACGUGUGUGAUUAUGUGA